CCCUAAGGCUGAAGCCAACAAAGCAGUCGUGUUCCUGAGGCUUCUCCAGUUUGACCCGGGCUGCUGUCCUCUGUAGUUAAUCAGAGUGUGGCAGUGCCCUUCGGAACUUAGCCUUAAAAAUGAAUCCCGUUGUUUCACAGCCAGGAUAUGGGACCGGGGGUGUGAUGCAUAGUGACUGGCAAUCUGGCGUAUUUGACUGCUGUGAUGACCUGGGGAUUUGCCUCUGUGGGACCUUCUUUCCCCUAUGCCUUUCCUGUCAGAUCGCCUCUGACAUGAACGAAUGCUGUCUGUGCGGAGCGAGUGUCGCCAUGAGGACCUUGUAUCGGACGCGAUAUGGCAUCCCGGGAUCUAUUUGCAGUGAUUUCCUAUGGCUGGGAUGUUUCCCUCAUUGCACCCUUUGCCAACUCAAGCGAGAUAUUGAGAAAAGAAAAGCAAUGAAUGCUUUCUAAAAACGGCUUACAACUUGGUCAUAUUCACAAUGUGGUAAAAGAAAUGCUGGAAUGACACACUGCACCUGCUGUGCUAUCUCACCCCAAAUCUGAGAAACUAAUUCAACUAAUCAUAUGGCUUCCAAUGACUUCAAGACCUUUUUAAUUUCCAGUUUAUUGCAAAAGAAGUAUAUUUCCCAUGCUGUUCUCUAAAAUGACUGCUAUUAAAAAAUGAACAUCCUCCACA